UGCUCCCAGCUCCAACAGUGACAUAUCCUGUACACCCUCUAGGUGUCACUGCCACGUUUUUUUGCUGCUUUCCUGACGCUCACAUGGCUCCCUGAGUCCUUGUUAAUUUUCUAGCAGUGCUUUUCCUCAGCAGCUGAACACUUGCUGUGAAUAUUAAUGCUGCUGACUGUAGAAAUUUGCACAUUCACUUCUCUGUUUAUACGUGGUCUUGUGGAUUUCUUGCGUCUGGAGAAACCUAUUGAUUCCUGGUAUCAGCAAAGUAAGCAAUCACAGCAGUUUUGUGUGCCUUUAUUCUGUGGAUUUGUAAGGCAAAGGCUUUAAGAUGCAAAAGUGAUUUCAGAGAGGACAGCAAUGAGUGGAAAGUCUCUGCUCCUGAAAGUUAUCCUUCUUGGGGAUGGUGGAGUUGGGAAGAGCUCACUAAUGAACCGGUAUGUCACAAAUAAAUUUGACUCUCAAGCCUUUCACACUAUUGGAGUGGAAUUUCUUAACCGGGACUUGGAAGUUGAUGGCCGAUUAGUUACCCUACAAAUAUGGGACACAGCUGGUCAAGAACGCUUUAAGAGUCUGCGUACACCAUUCUACCGUGGGGCUGAUUGCUGUCUAUUAACCUUUAGCGUGGACGACAGGCAGAGUUUUGAGAAUCUUAGCAGCUGGAGAAAGGAGUUUGUUUUGUAUGCAGAUGUCAAGGAACCUGAUGUAUUUCCAUUUGUGGUACUGGGCAACAAGGUGGACAUGAGUGAAAGGGAGGUAAGCACUGUGGAGGCCCAGGCCUGGUGCAAUGAGAAUGGUCGAUAUCCAUACCUAGAAACAAGCGCCAAAGAUGACAGAAAUGUGGAUGGUGCAUUCGAAGAAGUAGUGAGGCAGGCAUUGGCUGUGGAGGAGCAGGUGGAGCAUUCUGUACUGGGCUUUACCAUAGAUCUCCACAGCAGCCAAAGUUCAGUGUCAUCCUGCUGCUGAAGUUGGUAAAGAUGAAAGGUGAAAAAUAUUGAAGAUCCAUUUGGGAAAUAAUAAAUGCCCUUACCUGAUGGGCUAGAAGAACUGGAAAAAAAGAAAUGUCUAAAUAUGGGUAUAUAGGAUCUACCUUGUGUUUUGGUCAAUGGUAUUAUAAGGAUAUCUAUUAUAACUAAAGGAAAAGAUGAUGGUGUAUCCUGCAUUACAUAACAUCUAUUUCAGAAAUAAUUUCCAGUCGUGAAAAUUGUAAAGAUAUAUGCUGCCCACACUGAGCAACAUGCAGUGCUACAAGGUGGUUCUUGUGUUACAAUCUGAAAGUGAAAAUGAAACAAAAGAAGCAGAAAAUUAUUUUUUUGUUGUUCUUCUAAUGUCAUCUGAGUUAGAUGGAGAACUCAAUGUGAAGCACUGUAUAUAACAAAGAUCUGAUAUAAAGUAAUAAAAGCAGCUUCUCUGAAGCUGAAGAAAACAAAAUGUGAUGGCACAUCUGGUAAAAGACAAAAAGAUUGGUUUAUUUCAUUGGCUUGGUACUGAGAAAGACCAAAAUAGGAUCCCAAGGCUUUAUAGGCUAAAUAUACAGCAACCUCUGCAGCAGCUUGCAUUUAUCUGCAUCCACAACUAUCACCUGCUGCUCAUUUUUGUGCAAUAAGUGGAGUUAUUUUUGUCAAGCUCUGCUGCAAGGACAGUAUUUAUCUGUUGUCCAGUAUAUUAUUUUCUACCUUGUCUACUUCAUAAUAUUGCAUUUGCCUUUAGAGUGCACUGUGGUAAAGGAACCUUUUGAUUUGGCAUAGUAUUUAAGUACAACUCAUGAACUUUUUGUAUGUGUGAGGAACUGUUACUUGAUAACCUUAUUAACAUACAGGCUGCAACCAAAUGCAGUGACCUAGAGGUUUUCGAUUAAUGAGGAUGGAUAAUAAUUAUAUAUGCCUUUGGUAAGAUAACACAAUAAAGAGAGGACAUUCAUGUGGGCACUUUAUUAAUACAUUGUAGUUAAGUGGUGUUUCUGAAAAUAUUUUCAUGCCAAUAAACAGUGUAUGUGUUCUGGUCAGACCCCUUUCAUGUAUCUGAUUAAUACAGCAUGUUUACAAAUUGCACAUGAUUUUAAUACAGUUAUCAUUUCUCUUU